ACAUUUUGUGUCACAGUUUUGGCUAAAAAUAUAACAUAGGGGCAGACAUUCUGAUACAAUUCUUCUCAGAGUUCAGAUUAUGGUGUGGCACAUAUUUUAGUCCGGGUUAUUUUAGCGCUUUUUUAAAUUCUUAUAAUUUAUCUUUAGCUUCAUAUUUAACUAGCAGUUAGAGUCAUAUGUAUUAAUUUUGCAGUUGGUACUGAGAUAAUUUAGAUGCACUGGAGGGCGGUAUGUUUCUAUGUUCCUGAGGAGUGACUACACAAAGAAGAAGAAGACGCAGCGCGAGAGUAGUACUGCCAAAUAUGGGGACAAGCCGGGUGUCGUUAGCUGGCUUUGCUAGUUAGAUAAGUGGGUGUGGGGUUUAGUUAUUAGCUUAUUAUAAGAAGAAGUCGAAGUUGGGCAGUCCAGAAUUCCUCAGGAUAGAAGAAGAUGUCAAUGGAAUGCUCCCUGCCACCUCCACCGCCUCCACCUCCUCCACCUGCUCCAUGUACACCACCUCAAACGUCAGCACCAAAGAAGAAGCUGUAUCAGACUAUAGCCAGCAGUAGACGUGCUGUAGAGGGAGAUCACACAGAGGCUUGCUUGCUGAUCAGUCAGAGGGAGACCAGUUUCAGGAAGGACCUGCAGUGGAUUCUGGCGAACACCUACGUGCCAUCACUCAUUCAAGAUGGUCCACAGUGUGGUCUGGUGGCUUUGUGGAUGGCUGCUUACCUACGGCAGCCGCGGCUGAGUGUCGACAUGGAGACGGUGGUUCAGACAGCUCUGAGCAGGGGAUACACGGCUCAGGGUGAAAUGUUCUCGGCUGACAAUAUGGCCCUGCUGGCAGAAGAGGUGUGUGGCUGCAAGGCCAAGCUCCUUUCGGGGGGUCUGAGUGGUAAUAAUGCUGCAGCCAUCAUCUCACACCUGUGGGGGAGACAGCCUGUUCUCAUCCCCUAUGACGAGGAUUACAACCACGAGCCGUGCCAGCGUAGUGGCCACAGAGCGCACUGGGCAGUUGCUUCAGGCAUUCUCCUCGGUGUGGACCAGGGGAGUGUGAGUAAAGAGCAUGUUCAGCCUGAUCCCUCUCUGCCGUGGCUCUACCUCGCCGCCGACAGCAGCUCAUCUUGUCCCGCCGGCAGCACGGCGCUCAGAGAUGUUUACAUCCUCGCUAAGCAAGAUGCACAGCUGGACGCUGCUCUGGGUCAGUCGGCUCUCUGAAAAGAUUCCUCUACCUCCACCAAUCCCAACUCUGCCAACAAGAGCUCGAACUGCCCCACUGACAUCCUGAAAUAUGCACGAAAGCAGUUGUGACACAGCUUUAACUCCUGGAUCAAACCAUCAAGUUCUCCCUGCUGCUUCCUUCUCGUGACAAUCUGAUGAACCCAGAAUCUCAGUUUGAAUCUCAGCUCCUCUCAGUUUGACAUCUACUUCAUUUUGCUCACAGUGUUUUUUGAAAAACACAACACGUUCGGUGUAUAUAAAUUACCCAGCAAGUUUGGAUAAAGAAAUUUCUGACUUUUAUGUUGCUUUUUUGCAGCAUUCUCGGUGUUAAAUGACCUUCAGUCCUUUGUUCAGAUAAGUUUUUUAUAUGGUUGCAGCAAACCAGAAUGGUCAAAAACCUUAAAAAGCAGUCCAAUAAUGUUUGUGAGUGUGUUUGCUAUCGUGUCUCAUGCUGCCGCUUAUUAUCACAUUUAUUUGCACAGUAUAGGCGGCUUUAAAAACAUUUUGACAGAAAAUAUUGGAAGGAGCAGGAUGGGCAUGUCGGGGGAAAUUCCUCCUGACAGUGAUAACAGUGAGUGAGGUGAAAAACCCCCCACUUUAAACAGGAGUGGAGAAAUAGGGUUUCAAAUGUUGCUUUUCUGGCUGCUGUUGAGCUUGUUUAAACACUGCUAAAUCAAACAGGUUUACUUUUCUGUCAUUCAAAUGAAUGCUUUUAUGGAGCAGAGAGCAUAGAAAAUAUGUCAGGCGAUAAAAGCCUGUGCUGGUUGUUGCAGUGUUUUUGUCAGGCGCUGAAAACAUACUUCUAGUUGUGCAGGUCCUCAAUCAUCCACAUCACGGUAGUUUUAACCGCUUCAAUUGAAGGCAGUUCAAAGAAUUUAUAUCUUGACUCAUGUAGCAGUGACGCGUGAUUACAGGGUGAGUUAAAGACCGCCUCCACGGUAAAAACCACACUGAAGACAUACUGAAUACCCGAGACUCCUCAUUAGCCUUUAGAACUGAAAAAGCCUUUCAGUUAGGAGGUGAAACAUCUAUAAGAGCCAUAAAUGUUCAGUUUCCUUCAACUCAAAUCCUACAGACACUACAGGAUACAUGCUGGCUUCAACCCGUAACUCACACUGGCCAUUAACGUGUGACAAGAUCAGAAGACUUGUUGAUUUUGCAAUGCCGUCAGAAUUUUGUGUAACUGGUGUGUGAAAUCAUGGUUUUCUCUCUAAUUUUGAACCAUUGUUGUACAAAAAAAAAAAGAAAGACGCGGAAGUCAUUUUGAUCAUGCACUCUUAAAAUGUGUGAGUAGACAAAUGAAUGUGAACAGCCCAUCAGUUUCCAUGGGCUCAAAGACAAUCAGAUAAACUAAGAUAAUUAUAAAAUCUGCUCCGAUGAACCUCAUUUGCAGUUGGCGACUGCAUGAAGCCUGGCUGGAUGUUAUGAAAUGCUUUAUUUCCUCCCUGCAGGCCCGUUACCAAGUAAAAAUCCGGCUUAGUUAAAUAAUUGUGACUAACCCAUUUAUAAGCUUACAGUUUGUCCCCCUUAAGAAGCUUGUAGGUUGUUUAUGAAGCACCAGUUUUGCAGCGUUUGGCUGAAUUUGAGCAGAAGUCAUGCACACUUCAGAAGUCGUCCUGCUGCUUCUGUCAGCAGUCACACCAUCGAUACGCCCAUACUAUAACAGCGCCUCCAGCAUGUUUGACAGAUGAUGGAAAUCGCAAGCCAUUCCUCAGCGCUGAGGCAUAGUAUGACCUCUAAAUCAUGCAAGUUCAUCUAAAUGUGAAAUUUCUACAGCCAAAAUGAUAAACUAGCACUUUGAUUCCUAAUUUACUUAUAAAAAUUUAAAAAAAAAAAGAAGCUUCUGUCACAUCUACAUAAUUUCCUUUGGGAUUAUAAAAGUAUUUUGAUUCUGAUCUUCAUUAAGGUGGUUUUCUUGUCUCUGUACUUGUGGA